AGCUACGCGCGGGUACCAAUCGCAGUCGAGAAUUACGAUCCGUAUCGGGCUUGAUCGCGGUCAAAAAUGUUCGUGUGACACCAGUAUUAUCAGCGCGGACUCUGUGACACGAAGAAAAGCUCGAGCACUUCGUCGUAUUUUCUCUUGCCUGUCCUAGCUGUAAUCAGAGAAGCCUGCCCUUUUACGAACGCCGCUCGCUGCGUUCUUCAACGCCGUUUUGUGAAUUCAUGGGUGCAUGGGCUUUCUCAUAGCGGGCUGUGCUUAUGGAGCCGGCCAUAGCUGCGGACAACCCUGUAGAGCGCUCACGUGACUGAGUGACCAUGGCUAGCGACUGAGGUGACCGGCUGCUUGCGGCUACUCUUCUACGAGGACACGGCUUCAAAGUUGCGUCCUUUGUUCUGGUUUUAUUCAAUUGUGCAACGCUCCAAGUUGCGUUGAAAACAGCGUCUCACAGAUUGCGCUUUUCGUGGUUGCCUCUCAAGAUCUGCAUGCGACUGCAGUUACCGCAAACCGGCGGCCAGUGCGAGGUAUACUCACGAGCCGGUACAGCUUUAGUGUCAUAUCCAUACGCAUCUUUCGUUUCGGGCGCACAGGCCGGAAGACUGUGUUCAGCAUAACCUCUCGUUUUGAUGGCGUCGGGCGAUCACGCAUCCUGCGACUUGAAGCUGCACUGUUCUGCCACUGAAAGUGGCAGCCCUGCUGUUGCAAAGCAAGCCAAGAGGAUUUCAAGUUCAGAGGAUGCCCCUGCCUGUGCGCGGCCAAGUGACAGCACUGUAAUUGCACAGCAGAGUGACACCACUAGUACCGCACGACGAAGCGACGGCACCAUCGCUGCAAUGCAAACUGACAGCACCACUAUGACACUGCACAGCACCAAUGCUGCACUCAAAAGGGAUGCCCCCACCAGAACACUGGAGCUGUUAAGUCACUCUGCAAUGAGCAGCAAUGGUAAAAAAGCUUCCAGUAACCCCCGGCAUUCUCCGAAACAGCAAAGACUGUGCCCCUCUGUAAUUGUGCGUAAUUGUAGGGAUGGCACACCACAUUCCAGACGGAAAGCGACGCAGCAUUCGAGGAUUGUUCGGAGACGCCUCAUGCCACAGCCUGUUUAUGACACAUCCUUCUCGGAGAGCAGCUCCGAGUCAACGUCCUCAGAUGACUGUGCUGAGCUAAGGCGCCUGUGCCGUUCACAAGAAGAUCUUACCAUUAAGAACUGCCUGGAAUCUGAAUGGCAAGUGCCACUGUACAACCAUAUAGCUGCAUGUUCCCCUCAGCUGCAGCACGCUCCAGGAUCCGAACAGCAGUUCCCAUCCAGCAAACCUGUUGCUCAGCAUUGUCCCCAUAGCUUGCCACUUCCUCUGGAACCGAAAUUGCCGCUCUAUGACCCUCGCGUACCACCGCCGUCAUUGGUGGCGCACUCUCCAGGGCCAGAGCCAAAGCUGCCAUUCUAUGACCCCCAUGUUCCACCUCCCUCGCUAUUGCCGACUUCUCCUUUGUCAUCCACGCCUUACAGCUUAGGAGCAGUGACAUCAUUCGCACAGACCUCGCCGCUAUCACCUACAGCGGCCAGCUUCGGAGCAGUGCCUUCGUUCUCACAGAGCUCGCCAUUGUCAGCUACACGGGACAGCUUUGGAGCAGUGCCCUCAUUUGCACAGAAUUCGCCGUUGUCAUCUACACGGGACAGCUUCGAAGCAGUGCCUUCAUGUACACAGAAUUCACCCUUGUCAUCUACACGGGACAAUGCCGAAGCAGUGCCCUCAUUUGCACAGACCUCAUCGUUGCCACCUGCACGGGAAAGCUGCAGAGCAGUGAAAGAGUUGACUCCGGUGAAGCGGGUUACUGACGAAGAUUGGCCACUUGUCAAAAGAAGCCGUUCCAGUCCAGAGCGUGAUGACGUUGAUCUGUCCAUCUCUCCCACGCAAGUCUUCAGGGGCGGCCUGCAGUGGCGUGGUCCAAGCACGUAUAGGAUGCAUUGUCUGCAGCAAGAUAAGGAUGGUGACAAAGAUCGGCUUGCCCUAAACAUGUUCUGCUACCAGGAGGAAGACACAGCAGAAGUUGUGUUCAGACCCAAGCCUGUCAUUCACACUCCACAGACCGCUGCGCCUACGCAUGUUCCACGGUGGCGACGACGGCUCAGUCGUUGGGCACCUGCUUCUUUUAAUGCCACGCAGUCCUCGGAGAUGGCGCUUACGACUGCCCCCAUUGUUCCUCUGCUCUCUAAGCCAAUGCCGUACUCGCUUCUGUCAAAGGCAGGCCUUGUGGACUCGCAUUGCCACCUAGACUUCAUAUUCAGUCGAGUGGGCCACUCUGGAACAUAUGCCAAAUUUCGCCUCAACCACAGAGACACUUUUCCGGACUGCUAUGAAGGUUGUGUGGCGAACUUUUGCAAUCCAGCAACAUUCAGGCAGCGCCGCAUGUGGAAUAGCCUGCUGUCAGAGGAUGGCGUCUGGGGUGCCUUUGGAUGCCAUCCUCACAUGGCCAGUGAGUAUAACAAGGACAUUGAGGAGGACCUUGUCCAUGCCCUUGACCAUCCCAGUGUGGUAGCUCUUGGCGAGAUCGGUCUCGAUUAUUCACACAAGAACCAGUGCGACCACGGUGUCCAAAAGGAGGUCUUCCGGAGGCAGCUGCAGUUGGCCCUCAACCGUAGGCUGCCACUCGUGAUUCACUCGCGGGACUCCACUGCAGACACCAUCCAGAUCCUCCAGGAGCGGGUGCCAAGAGACUACCUCAUUCACCGUCACUGCUUCACGGGAGGCUGGAAAGAGGCGCAGGAGUGGCUCGAUGCAUUCCCCAAUCUGUGCCUGGGCCUCACGCCACUUGUGAGCUUCGAUCGAGUGGGCCCGCUCACCGAGGUCGCCCGCAAGAUUCCCCUCGACCGUUUGCUGAUAGAGACGGACUCGCCUUACUUCCUACCGAAAGAAGAGUCGAGAAAUCUGCGCUGUUCACACCCAGGCAUGGCCAUAUACGUGGCGAUGCGGGUCGCGUCUCUUCGAAGCAUUCCUGUCGAAGAUGUCCUUGCCGCAGUCCGUGAGAACACGAAGCGCAUCUACAGCAUAUGACGUCGGAGGCAUCUUCAUGUCGUUAAGCUCACGUGGCCUGCAGUGUUCCUCUGCUUCUGGUGUUGCGAAAGUGAGAGGCAAAGCUGUGCGUGCCGCAAUGUUGUCGCACUGGACGCAGAGCUGCCGAAAGCCUGUGGUUAACUACAUUCUUGAGGGACACCUGCUGGCCAUUCAUCAUCAUCAACGUUACCCAUGCUCACAGCGAGACGCUUAUUUGGUGCAGUUGUUAAAGCAAGCACUGUGCCGUGCUAGUCAGACCAAGGAAUUAUACUUAUGGAGGCAGAAGCCCACCUGCCUUGCUUUGUGUUUCAUAUACAGAUUAGCCUGACAUUGUAAGCCUUCCAAGCUCGACAUUUUGUGUUGGUCUUUGCUCACCUGCAUUAUGUACUUUACUAGUGGACACAGGUUCGCAGGUAGUGUUUGACAGCCGACAUCUUUAAGUGUUCGCAGUUUUCCUAGUAAAAAAUGUUAACUCACGUAAAGCUGUUGCUCAGAAACAAUGCGACAACACUCGAGAUUACAUGUAAGCUGAUAGUAUGCGUGUAGGGGAAAUGGUUGUGCUGUACAAACUGCAAGUUGUUUGGCCAAGAUGGCAUGAGGUAGUUGUUUAGCGUUAACACCUGUUCUGUUUCUCAAAUGUGCUGAUAAUAAUUGGAUAUCGAGGGUUUUCUUUUUGUGUGUGUGUGCAACUGCAUCAUAUGCUCAGCAUGCACAAAAAAAAAAGAAGACACACGCAGUUAUGAAGCUUGUAAAAGGAGCUUUUAUUGUAUAGCCUGUUGUAAGCAUAUAACAUAUCCCUCCUAGAACUGUCACUGGGUAUGGUGUUAUGCUCCUUUGGAAUGACAAUCCAGACAUAAAGUGAAUGUGCGCUUGAA